AGUACUUUCGAUAGUGCACUGUGGAUGACGAUAGCCCAGGCGCCGCCCAAACCUCAGUCUACUCAACCUAUAACAAGUUACAAGACCCAUUUUACGGCCUUGAGCAGGCUUCGCGGUUAUGUGCUCAGUCGCCCACCUUUUUGCUUGUCCAGAGUGUCCCCUUCUUCUAACUCUCAAGCAAAGUUCCCCUAUUUUAUCACAUAUGCACUUCAUCGCACCAAACCCCAUUCUUCUGUGACCUUUACUGUUCUCGUCCUGCUCCAGGGACUCAAGGUGUGCUCUAUUUUACGGUCGUCAGUCACUCGCGGUUGUGCAGUGUGCGCCCUUGUAUAAGACUAUCCAUCAUAUUAUUGUAUUCAUUGAUGUGCUACACGCUAGGAUACCAAUAACACAACGUCCGAACGAAGUUUAACUGCCACGUCAGCAACAGGAAGCGCCAUGUCAAGUAACGAAGUGGCGGGGAGGGGAUCCAGCGUGCGGGCAAUGGGGAUACACUGUUGAGGAUUAUAUACUGUUCGGCGAUGACUGCAACAUAAACUUGAAGCGAGGAUGUGGAGUAGAG